UUCAAAUUUGCCCUAAUCUGGGAAGCUAAGCUAGGGGAUGGCGGCGGCAGUGGCAUCAUCGCCUUCGCCCUCGCCAGCCGAGAGGCGAGGAAUUCCGGCGGCGCCGUUUGUUGAAGAUGUCCAGGUGUUCUUGGAGAAGACGGCCUCCGAUGCGUCGAGCGCGCUCGUUUCUCUUCAAGACAGACUUCAGCAAUACAAACUCGCGGAAAUGAAACUGCUAGCGCAAAGAAGAGACCUUCAGGCUAAAAUUCCAGACAUAAAGAAAUGCCUGGAUAUCGUCGAGGCACUGUUGAGCAAGAAGAGUUCAGGCGAGGAACCAAUGACGGUGGAUUUCGAGCUAGCCGAAGGGAUCUACUCGCAAGCGCGUGUAGACGAUGGAGACUCCGUUUGUUUGUGGCUGGGUGCCAAUGUGAUGCUCGAAUACUCAUACGACGAGGCACUGUUGCUCUUAAAGAAGAACCUGGAGAACGCAAACUCCAGCCUUGAGGCAAUCAUCGAAGAUCUCAAGUUCAUACGAGACCAAGUUACCGUGACCGAGGUGACAAUCGCGAGAGUGUACAAUUGGGAUGUACAUAACCGCCGCAAGUCAAAACAAAAGGACGAGCCCUGAAGAACACACCGUUAAAAUUCUUUGGGAUUUGAGAUAGUUAAAUUCGACGGUUAUGCUUUGUCCA